UAUGCGUAGCGAUGAAAACAGUUAUUAUGUACAUAAAAAGUGUAAGUUAUGUUAUUAUUUCUCGUUUUGCUAAUAUUUUUUCCAAGUCCAGCUGUUUCAUCUAAUAAGAUGAAAAAUAUUUCCGAAGGAUGUUCAAGGCAGUUAGAACUCUAUAACAGUGGAUUAAUAAACAUGGAGCAGUGGGCCUUAGAAAUGUUUGAUGCAACAUCUAAGAUUCCAAUUGGAGUCUUAGCUGGAAAUUUUUACGAUUUGGGAAAUUUUGACGAAUGUCUAAGUGUAAAAACAAACGAUCUUAGCGGUAAAUACUGUUUAGGGAAAAUUCCAAUACCAACCAAAAACUUUUCACUGGGCAUAACAAAAGGCGGUCAAGCAAAAAUCAUUUCUAACCAGAUUUACCUGCAUUCGGCAUUUUGCGUUCCAAAUGAAUGUUCUGUGGAAGACAUAUCUACUUUACACAAUUUAUAUGUUUUUGACACAAAUGAUUGUUACACUCAAAAUUUGCAACAGAAAAUGUCCCCGGGAGCAAUUGCAACAAUAACAAUUUUAGCUAUAUUUCUACUAAUCUCCUUUCUCUCAACCAGUUAUGACUUCUAUCUACAUUACAAGAAAUACAAGCCCGGUAAUGAACUUACAGUUGCAUUUUCUUAUUUCACAAAUGGAAAGAAAUUGGUAGCAACGACAAAAAGUAAAGAUCAAUUGCUGUGCUUAAAUGGGAUSAAAGCUCUCAGCAUGAUGUGGAUAGURGUAGCUCACGAAUAURUAAAUGGGGCUGCAGGACCAAUAGCUAAUUCUUUUGCAGUUUCUGAGUUUAUUCAAGAAACCGCCAACAUGUUUGUUAUUGGAGCAUCUGUUGCUGUAGACACAUUUUUUGUAAUUGGGGGAAUAGUAAUUGUAUACACUUUUCUCAAAACUGACGCGAAAGGAAUAAAGUUUAAUGUGUUUUUGUUUUACAUUCACCGGUACAUAAGGUUAACUCCUGCCUUAGCAGUUGUAGUUUUAAUCCAUGCAACAACAUUGAAAUAUUUAGGAGACGGUCCUCAGUGGAAUUCAUUUGAUGAACACUUAGUAACACCUUGCAGAAAACACUGGUGGGCAGCUUUGUUAUACAUUCAAAACUACGUACACGACGAACAAGCAUGUGUACCACAGUCAUGGUAUUUAUCUAUUGAUUUGCAACUUUUUAUUUUAUCACCACUUGUUCUCCUUGCCUUAAAAAGAAAGCCAAAAUGGACUUUAGUUGGACUGUUAAUUCUCACAAUUGCUGGCAUUGUCAUACCUUUUGGAGUUGCUUUUAACAAACAGUUUUCUGCGUUUAUGAUUGGAAAUAAAAAUGAUACAUUAAAUUAUAUGUUUUUUUACUAUGAGCAAACCUAUGGGCGGUUUGGACCAUAUGUAAUGGGCAUGAUUAUGGGUUAUUUUGUUUUUAAAAUUAAUAGUGGAGAACUGAGAAUUAAAUUUAAAAAGAUUAUGAUUUUGCUACUUUGGUCGUUGUGUCUAGUCGGUGGUUUGGCGUGCGUUUAUGCAGGACACGACACAAUGCUAGCCCCUUACAAUAGAUGGUCUCAUUCUCUUUACAUCGCCUUCAAUCGACCAGCUUGGGCUUUGGCCAUUAGUGGCAUAAUUUUUUUAUGUGUCUCAGGAUACGGAGGACCUGUUAAUAACUUCUUGUCAGCUUCCAUAUUCCAGUUUUUGUCGAAAAUUUCCUAUUCCAUAUAUCUAGUUCACUAUGCGUUUAUCAUUCUCAGAACUAGUUCUUACAAGACUGAAAUUAGCUUGACACAUUUCUAUACGUUUUUUAAUUUUUGGGGCGAUUUUAUGUGUAGUAUUGCUUUAGCUAUAAUUCUUUGUUUAACAUUUGAAUCUCCAAUGAUUACAAUAGAAAAAUUGCUGUUUGAAAAAUGGACACAUACAAAUAAAGUCACUUUUUAUAGUAAACUGAGUGGUUUUAUUACAACAAUUCUGGUAUUAUUCAUUAAAAACAGUAAUAGCAACGAAGUGCCUUAUCAGAAUAUAUUCGAAUCAAUUACCCCAGAAAUAAAUCAAACAUUAUCACCAGAAUGUCAAAAAGAUGUGUUUCGCGUAAUAGAAUCACCAUACCUGCUUCUGCUAUUAAUCGAUGCUAGCUCAAAAAUACCAUCUGGUGUAGCAAAAGGAAAUUUUCGACCAAUGGGCAAUUACGAUGAAUGUUUCAGUAUAAAAGAUGUUGAAACUAAAUUCUGUAAAACUUAUGUGCCCAUAACAUUUAAUAAUAGUGGAGAAAUUAAUGUAGAAGCACUCUUCUGUGUGUUAAAUUCUUGCACUGCUCAAGAUUUAAAUAAAAUCUUUGACAAUUUUUUAACAUUUGACGACGAAUUGUGUUUGACAAAAGAUUCAGGACCUUCUUUGGAUACUUUAGCUAUAACAGCGAUAGUCAUCUUUGCGAUAAUUGGUUUAAUCACUAUUACUUCUACUAUUUAUGAUAUAUUUGUACAGUACACAAAAAAAACUGCUCUCCACCCAAUUACAACAGCAUUUUCAUUUUACACAAAUGGAAAAAAAUUAUUUCAUUUGGGUAGUGGUCAAGAAUUGCCAUGUCUAAAUGGUAUCAAGGCACUAAGUACGUUAUGGGUGGUGUUGGGACAUGUUUACAUGGCUUACGUUUUUGUUCCUUUGGACAACUAUCUGGAUGUUUAUAACUGGCUCGAUUCGACUUACAGCCAAUACAUUUCUGGAGCAACCGUUUCGGUCGACACAUUUUUAGUAAUUGGUGGAUUUUUAACAAUGUAUACUUUUGAAGCAUCUAUGAACAAAGGGACAAAAUUCAAUGUUCCUUUAUACUAUCUGCACCGUUUCCUAAGACUGACACCCUCUCUAGCUGCAAUGCUACUAGCACAUGCGGCUCUUUUUAAUUAUUUUGGUUCCGGACCUGUUUGGGAAAACACCGACUUAUUUCUAUCCAAAGCUUGUAAGGAUUACUGGUGGUCUACUUUACUAUAUAUCCAAAAUUACAACAACCCCAACGGAAUAUGUAUUCCUCAAAGUUGGUACCUUUCAGUGGACAUGCAAUUAUUUCUAGUGUCACCUUUACUCCUAGUUUUGAUACGCCAAUGGCCAACUUGGGGUUUUAUUACUUCAUCAAUAUUGUCUGUUCUGUCGAUUAUAAGUAGUUUUCUAAUCGGAUGGUUUUUCAAACUUAAUGGACAAAUGACUGGAAAUAUUAGUGGAAACCUUAGCGACUACAUGAAGUAUUAUUACAUGCCCACUCACACCAGAAUGACCCCGUAUUUAAUGGGAUUGAUGCUUGGUUAUGUGAUUUCUCAAUUAAAAACAUCGGGAAAAAAGAUUAAAAUUAAUAAGAUGUUGGUAUUGCUAGCAUGGUUGUCUUCCUUUGUUUUAAUGGCGGUUUGUGUAUACGGAGGACAUACUCUUCAAUUUACAGAGUACGACAGAUUAGCCAAUUCAUUCUACAUUGCUUUGAUGCGACCCACAUGGUCCGUAGCAAUCUGUUGGGUGAUAUUUGGAUGUGUUAUGGAUUACGGUGGCCCCAUUAACAAAUUCCUUUCGAUACCCAUUUUUCAAAUACUAUCGAGAUUAUCAUACAGUAUAUAUUUAGUGCACUAUUCAUUUAUUUUUAUGACAAAUUUUACAACAAGAUCAUCGCUGCAUUUCAGCGAUUACUACGCGUUUCAUAAGUUUUGGGGCGACUUGAUCUUUUCGCUUGCUAUUGCAAUAGUCUGGACACUCAUCUUUGAAUCUCCUGUUAUUGUGCUAGAGAAAAUGUUGUUUAAAAACCAUGUCAAAAUUCCUCAUUCCAAAAAAGAGGUACUUGUUUAAAAUAUCAUAAGUAUUUAUAUUUAUUUAUUAUUUGUUUAUACUUUUCUAUUUAUUUUGUAAUAAAUUAUUUUUUGUA